UCCAAGUAAUCUGGUAUCUGUUCGGAACCAACGCUUCAACUGACACUUUGAAAUUUCGUAUUUUGUCGAUCUGAAAUUUUCCCAAGUUGCAAGAUUUUGUCACAGCCAAUAUUUAAAAUGCGAGGCUGGGGAUUCCGUGAGGCGCUCAAGUAUCCAUUGUUGUGGCCCCUGUAUGGCCUCUGCAUUGCGGAUCUUUCCUGGCUGACGUUCAGUGCUACUCGAACGCUGCUCUUCAAUCCGGAUGUGACCCUGGACCACAACAAUAACCCGGAACCGUGGCAGGCCUAUCGCGAGGGGCGCUAUCGGCUCUGGGCCGGAAACUACGACUAUUCCAAACUUAAAUGCAAAGCUCCAAUCUUCAAAGACAACGAUGUGAUUCCCGUGGAAAAUGGAGGAGAUUAGUGGAAGAACGAUACCUUCGUCAUGGUCAAGUCGUCAUGGUCGUUCGAAGAAUUCCAGUCGGGCCAAGAAUCAGGCGAGAAUGAUUCGAUUUGGUAGCUUACUUUCAAUUAUUCAACUUUAUUAAACUUACUGCUGCUCAUAACUUA